AUGGCCGCAUGGACUUGGAUGCGGACUUUUUGUACAUAUUUGUGGCCACUUCUCGAUGUGAUUUUUGCCCUGGUCGGCCUUUUCCUCCUCCCAUCUGAGCCGACUACAGCAUUUGGUUGGUCUCUACAUGGCCCAGUAGCAUUUGCUAUAGUCAGAGCGGUGUGGCUUGUGCUUCUCAUUUUGAUCAGAUGUCAACAUGGACCACGGUCUUCUUCCAUGUCCUUCAUUGACAAGUUGUUGCAUGGCGCGUUUCCAUACGUUGCCUAUGUGCCCUUGGCAAUUGUGUGCUUGGCUCGAUUGGUCAGUGACCCUCCACAGGUCUCCUCUGGGCUUGGCUUCUGGGCGUUCGUCGGAUUAGGCUCUGUUUGCAGUACUGGCGAGCACUACAUGACCUUGCCGGCCAUUGAAGACUUCACAGGAAUGCGAUGUUCACUUCGAGGUGGUCACCAACAGCCCUUGGACGUCGAACUGCUGAGUGCAGAUGCUCGUGCUGGUGCUUCGGAAAGCUCUUUGGAACACUCUGAGGAGAGAGGCGAGAGAGGACAGAAAAAGAAGGACUCGGUCUGGAAGUUGCUGAGCUUAGUGGCCAAAGAAUGGCCAUUGCUGAUUCAAGCCUUCAUUUUCUUGAUGGUAGCUGCCAUUGCCGAUGUCCUCAUUCCACAUUACAUCAGCCAGACAAUUAGCCAGAUUAUUCGUGCUGAAGAACAAGGAACGUUAGCUCAGCGGCCCUACAAAGGUCCGGUGAUACGCUUGUUGAUUGCUGCCGGUGCUUCCUCGGUGUUUUCUUCUUGUCGUGGUGCAACCUUCAUUGUGAUCGGCGGUCGUUUGGCUGAAAGGCUUCGUUGCACACUCUUUGCCACACUGAUGAAGCAAGAGAUUGGUUUUUUUAUGUUUUUUUGA